GUGUGUGUGUGUGUGUGUGUGAGUGGGCCGGGUGGAGGGCGUCGGGCUUGCUGCUUCUGGUUGGAUCUCAGCUCCCGGCAGCCGCUCCAGUAGCGAGAGAGACGAGCGGGUCGAGCGGCGGCUCGGAGUCAGCCUGAGGUGCCGAGAGCCCGCGUCAGGACUGACUCGCCCCUUUUGCCUUCCCGGACGCUGCUCGACCCGCUGAGGCCGUGCGCUCUGCUCCGGAUUCUAGCAUCUUCAUCCAUUUCUGUGUUCGUCCUCCUGACCGGCCGGGGCAACGGGCUGUGAUUCCCAGACGAGAGAGACAGGAGCUUCCUGGAUCGACGGCGGUGCUGACGGAGAGCCAGGGAUGGCGGAGGGACUGGAAGCGGCGAAGGAGGCUGACAGUGGUGACAUGAGCCAGCAGAGCUUCCUGGUCAACCUGUACAAGUUCAUGAAGGACAGGGGCACCCCGAUCGAGAGGAUCCCACACCUGGGAUUCAAGCAAGUGAACCUUGCCACGCUCUACAAGGCAGUUGAGAAGCUGGGAGGGUACGAAGUGGUCACGACGAGUCGACUCUGGAAGAACAUCUACGACGAGCUUGGGGGAAACCCAGGGAGCACCAGCGCAGCCACUUGUACCCGCCGGCACUACGAGAAACUGGUGUUGCCUUACGAGCGUCACCUGAAGGGGGAGGAGGACAAACCUUUACCGGCGAGCAAGCCUCGGAAACAGUACCGGGUCGUCAAAGCCAAGGACGGGAAGGGGUCGGGCACCGAGCUGAAGGAUCAGGGAAAUAAACGGAAAGCGGCAAAGGAUGUGCAGCAGAUCGGCGGGAGCAAUGCGGCUUCCCCCUUAGCAGAAGCCGAGGAUUCGGGAAGGGGGCAGAACGAGGGAGCGCCUCCGGGCCCCGCCACCGCUGAAGAGCGCGAAUGCCCGCAAGUCGAGUCGGCGGAGAAGGGCGGCGGCAGGUCGCCAGGGCGAGCCGGCGAGGAGGUUUGGGGAGCGGGCGGAGGGGCAGAGGAGGGCCAGGGGCCCAAGAGGGAGCAGGACAUUAUCUCUCCCCUGGCUAAGAAGAAGCGGUUCGCGGCGACCGAGCUCCCCCUGGCCAGACCAUCGGUCAUCCAGCCGCCCCGACCAGCGGCCCCCGUCGCCCCGCUGCCCCUGUACCCGGCGCGGGACGAGAAGGGCAGCCGGGGCUGCGAACUGCCCUUCAGUGGACUCCAACUCCUGCAGCCCUUCCCCACCAGGGCGAGCCCGAUGUCCCGCUUCCGCGGCUUCAGGGACCUCAGCGCCUUCGUGCUGCCGCUCGACAAGGGGUCGAGGCGCCCGGGCCGGCCGGGGGAUCGUGCUGCCGAGCUCGCCCUGCCCCGGGUGGCUCCUUGGGUGCCGGAGCCCAAGGGCGAGGCACUGAGGGUGGGCCCGCUGCCCGCUCCCUCCCACCAGCCGAAAGCGUGCUGGGUGCCGCCCCUCACGGUGGCCCUGCCCAGGAAGGUGCCGGCCAAGCGAGCCAAGCUGGACGGGGCGCUUCUCCAGCCGCGGCCGGAGCUCAGGACCAAGGACUGCGAGACCAAUUGCUACGGCAGGAAGCUCCGCGUCGUCUCGCCCCUCCAGUUGGCCAGGGAGCCCGAGGGUAAGGACAGGCAGGCUGGGGAGGGCAAAGCCCUGAAAUCCCCCCUGCCCGCCGUCCCGGGGUGGCUGCUGGCGGCCCCCGGUUUCCCGGACGCCGCCGUUACCGAUGGCCUGCGGGCGCACUUCCCCGCCGGCUACGUGCUCCCGGUCAAGGAGCAUCCGCUCUACUCGACCCUGCCCACCUCGCUCGCCCUCAACCCCUUCGUGGUCCCCGCCGUGCCCGGGGAAGGUCUCGGCGUUCCCCUGGACCUCUACAAACACCUGGCCGCCAGCUCCUCCUGUGACAGCCUCCUCCAUAACAGACUGUGCCCGCUGGCCUGCUACACCGGCCCGUACCUCCCCGCCUGGCAGGUCCGGCCCCAGCUAUAGCCCAGAGCCCGGCUCCUUUGCACUUGGCCGAAUCCAGACGCGACAUGGAGCCGAAGAGCCGGGACCACCCUCCCGCUUGACCGCCGGUCUCGUUCGGCCAGUGAUCCUGCGUGCCGCUGAAAGGAAGAGGGGCGGCCCGGCGUGUAAAUGGACCGUGAGAACUGAGUCGCUCCCCAGGGGUGGGAGAGUUACCCCUGCAGCUUCUGAAUCGCCAAUGGAACUGUUAACCUCAUGUGGACUUUCGGACUGGUCUGGGGCGAAAGCAAGCCGGGUGCCAGGUGGGAGGUCCUGGCAUUGGAGGGGGCGAUGUCCGUGUAGGUACAGGCGAGGAGGGCGAUCGAGUUCAUCAUCACUGUACGUCGUGAAAUCUGCCGUUUUGCGGCAGUAGUACAUUGCAAAACGUAAAGUUACUAUAAAUUAGUAAGAAAUAUAUAAUAAAUGUAUCUACUGUUUUUUUUAUUGAGUGGAGACACAAAUACAAGGUUAAAAACGUCCUGCAGCAGUUAUAUGAAAGCAAGCAUCAACUUUAUUCAUAAACAGUGCCAGGUUUUGGGAAUUUGCUGUGGUGUGUUGGUCAGGGCCUGACAUUCAACAAAAACAAUUACACAGAAUAAAUAAUUAUAUAAAAAUAACGUUAGAGGUUAAAGGACGGAUACAGAAUAAACAUUCC